AGCCGCGGUAAACUGUGAGAGCAUGACCAGCAUGAGAGCAGGACACCCAGUAGAGGUGGUAGUCUGGCAAUAGGGGAGGAGGACAGCCGAUGUCUGGGUUAAUGUUUAUCCUGAGGCCGAGCAGCUCAUGGCCCUGCAGCCGCCUGUUCAGGCUGAGCAGCCUGUUCCUGCCUCCGCUGCCCAGGACCAGCGCGUCUAAAAUGUCAUCAGACUCCCAUUGGCUCUCCCCGGCAGACCGGGAUCAGCAGGUGAUGGAGCUGAGGGCCACAGGCUGGGUGGAGGUGGAGGACCGCGAUGCCAUCUUCAAAGAGCUUCACUUUAAAACCUUUAAUCAGGCAUUUGGCUUCAUGUCACGGGUGGCGCUGCAGGCAGAGAAGUUGAACCAUCACCCAGAAUGGUUCAAUGUUUAUAAUAAGGUCCAGAUUACAUUGACUACACAUGACUGCGGAGGACUGUCAAAACGGGACAUCAAAAUGGCCAAGUUUAUCGACAAAAUUGUACUUUCCAUGUAAUGUUUUUGUCUUUAAUCUGAAAGUUUGAUUCAGCUUCUCCAGUUUUCCUAGUUUCCUCACUUUCAGUCACACACUAAAAUAAAUAUUCCUCACGAAAAAAAAAAGCAUUUUCAGUCUCUAUGUUCUGCAGGCCUCUGCAUUUGUCUCAAGUAAAAUCUAUAAAAAGAUAUUUUAUUUUUGUCUUUUACAGCAUAUUUUGUAUAAGCUGUCUAUGAGAAUAAAAGUUUGAUUUUGUGAAAUAA